UCUUCAACCUUUUCUCUUCUUUUUAACAUUCUUCCUCUUCUUUUACUCGAAACAUGCAAUUUAAAACCUUUCACUGUUUUUACCUUUUCGGUGUAAGAGGAUUCAGUUUGUAAGAAAAAGACAAAAAGAAAAAGCAACCUAAAGCCAUACCGAACACCAGCCAUACGAAACCUUUCACAUUGACCGAACGCCUCACGAUGUUUAAGUGAUCUUCACGUCGGUGCACGCACACAUUCAGGGAGUCAGCGCAGGAAAACCCACAUUUCCUACGUUUGCAUGAAAGAGCAGAUUCGUAAGUUGUGACUUUUUUUCUUUCGACCUGCGUCCGAACCGAACCUGUGACCCGACGAGCCUGCGGCGGGCGUCCGAGUGCGGCGGUGAAUCGUGGCCGCGUCGAGUUCCCCCGUCGUCAUCCCGUGUUCCGCUGUGCUGACGGAUGAAUCCGGACAUUUUCAUGUCUGUUCUGUGGGCAGAACCUCGCUGCCCUGCUAGAACCGGGCCCAAGCCCUCCUUCGUUCUCUUCUGCUGGGCCAAGCUCAACUCAGAGCAGAGACACUCACACAAGGGUAUCGAACGCACAUAAGGUUCCCGCGCUGUUCCGGCUUUUUCUUUCUGUAAUCCCGUCGCUGUCGAUCACUGUUUUCGUGAAUGCCUUGACACGCUCAUUUACAGAACUGAUCUCCGUCCUCGCGGUCGCUCGCUGCCGGACCUUCUCUCGGAUCUGUCUAAAUCCACUUUUCUGAUUUAAACCAAAACUUCAAGCAUCUUGACCUUUACUGAAAUCGUUUUUGAAAGGAAGGAGCUCGCUUAUCGGACGAAUUGUGAAAGACACGUAAAAAAAGAGGUCACAGCUUUGUUAAGACUCACUCAAAGCAAACAGCUGUGUUGUUUACACACACAAACACACACACACAAACACACACACAAUCUGCUUUGUCGUUUUUUUCCACGUAUGAUUUCACGCGUCCGUUUUCCACGCAGGACAACAGAAGUGCCAAACUCCCACAAGAAUUCUUCCGACAUCCGUCACAGCUCAUCAAAGGAGAAAAAUACAAGUUUACAUUCAGCGCUCAAUGUUUACAGACGUUUUCCAUUUCCGUCUCUCAUGUGAAUUGUAACUUUCGUGCCAUAAAAGGAAAACUCUGCAGACUCUACAGGUCGCUACGUUAAGAGUUUACAUUUUUCUCGCUCUCAUUUUGUUUACGAAAAGAAAAGAGAUUACUGCCUAUUUUAACGAUUUUACAUUUUUGGCCAGUGGACUGUAAAACUUCGUCAGAACCAAACUUAUCUGACACCUGCUGCCCUGACACAAACCCAUGUUGUUCAUUACUUGACGUUUUACUUUAAGAUGAUUUCAGACUUUAGCCAUUUCACAGGCACUUUGUCUGGGGCCUGAAAAACGCUGAAAGACCUCAAUGUUUACAAAAGCUGCUUAAGGGACGGAUUCGUACGCAGAGACAUGUUUACAUUAGGAUGAAGGAGUGAAACCGUUGAUGAACUCCCAGAGAAAACCUUCGCUCCUGUGCCACGUGGACGAAACACGACGCUGUGAGUUCACCAGAGUCUGACCUUUUCAUACGGAGCCUUUUUAUACGUCGACGAGCUGCCAUCUUGGAAGAGGACGCCGAUCGUUGGCUCAUUGGAUUUUUUUUGACGUCGGUUCAUGAACUUUGUGGUAAAAACGAUGAAACCCACAAUUUCCGGAGGGAUGUUUUACUCGUCCCUCGCCGUCCUGCUUUUCUCCUGCCUUGCCGUUUCCUCGGUAACCAUCACCAAGGCAGGACGCGCUGUCGAUGGUGAUGUGAGGACGUUGACCGGCAGCGGUGGCAAAACAAGCAGCACCUUGUUCCUCUUGACCGGCUACAAGCCACGGCUGCCGCCGCCGCCCGCCGGGCCCAAAGUGGCGCCCAAAGCGGCCGAGGUGGAGGACGGGGACGAUUCUCCUCCACCAGUUAUGGCCGAGCUUCCUCCAAAGCCCCUCCCUCAGACCAUGUUGCCGAGGAACAUGACGGCCGACGCCCUGAAGCCUCCACUCGGAGCGGCCCAGGUGGCUCCGCCUCCCCGACAGCUGGUGGACGUGGACGUGUGCAGGGGUUACUACGACGUCAUGGGCCACUUUGACACAACCUUCAACUGCUCCAAAGGCAGCUACAUCUACUGCUGCGGCACCUGCCACUACCGCUUCUGCUGCGAGCACCAGAGGAGCCGGCUGGACCAGGAAGCCUGCAACAACUACAAGUCGCCCGUGUGGGCCGACCCGCAGGUCACCUCCACCGCGCCCACCGGGAACAAGCCCGACCCGGACUUCGAGACGCUGCCGCUGCAGAACAGCAGUACGGCCUACGUGAUCGGAGGUGUGAUCUCCUUCACGCUGGUCGUGGCGGUGGGCGUCAGGAUCGCCUUCAGCAAGGUGGCGCGUCGACCCCGAAACCGAGACGUCAACAUGCCCAGAUCACUGGUGGACAUCCUGCGCCACCAGUCGAGCCCCGUGCAGCAGGGAGAGAGGAACAACACCGCCAUGUUGACCAGCACCACCUCGGACGGACGCACGUCCAAAAACCUCUACACCCCCAUCCUGCAGAGCAAAGACAACCGCACCGGGAACUUGCACCACCACUUUAACCAGCAGGGGGGUGCUUCCAGCCCCAAACACUCUGCGACCAUCGAGCGUGGCCCCCGUAUGAACAACACCCAGCAGCUCUCCUCCGGUCCCACCCUGCUCUCAGGCAGCGGUAAAGGUGGCGGCGGCGGCGGCAGCUUCAUCAGCGGCGGCAUGAGACACAACAGCAGCCACCCUUCCUUCUCCCACUCCUUCCACAACCUGGCCCAGCUGCCGCCGUCCUACGAUGCCGCCAUGAAGCCAGAGAUCAACCGCUACAGCUCCCUGAAGAGGCUGGAGAAAGAACUGGACGAGUACUCCAGCUACUACAACUCCAAACGCCGCUUCAACAACGCUCCGCCGUCCUUCCACUCGUCUCAGCACCACCUGCCCUAUGGAGGUGAAUACACGCUGGGAUCUCGGGGAACGCUGCCCCUCAACGGCUCCCGGCCCCGUCUCCACAUCCCCGCCUCCACCCCGAACCCGUACCCGCUGCCCUCCCAGACGCAGUACACCAGCUUCUCGUUCGACAGGCCGCCGCGCCGCGUCCGCUCCCAGGACCAGCUGCUGGCCCUUGGGGACAACACGCUGUCCCGCCUGUCCAAGAACCAGCAACACCAGUACUACAAAGCCAUGAUGAGCACCAGCAGGAGCUCCAACUCGCAGACGCUCCGCAGGUCCCACGAGAGGCUCCUGGUCUCCCCUGACCGUCUGGAGGACCGGCUGAUGGCGAUGGGGCUGAUGAUGGGAGGAGGCGAAAGAGGAGGAGGAAGUGGGAUGGUGCCCACCAUGGGCCGGCUCAGCCACCACCAGAAGGCCCAGUCGCAGCAGAACAUCUGCGUCACGCCGUCCAUGGAACGCCACCACAUGAUCAAGAUGAACUCCCACCCGACGCCAGGCCACGACCACGACCGCGGCCACGACCACGACCGCGACCGCAGCUCCGCCGCCAUGCCCGGGAUGGGCAUGUACGGUGGCUGGGACCCCCACCGGGGCCACAGCGGUGGUGGAGCGGUGACGGGCGGAGGCCACCCCAACUCCCGGAGGAUGGCCUUCGCCAACAAGAGGCAGAACACCAUCGAACAGUUGCACUUCAUCCCCGGAGGAGGGGGGGGCCACGGACUGCGGACUGGGAGUAAGAACGAGGUGACGGUGUGAGAGGAGGAGGGAGAGAGAGAGAGAGGGAGGGAGGAGAGGUGAAGGCUGAAGAUAUAAAACAGGACGAGGGAAGGAAAGCGUUGAGGCAUUUAGCGGGAAGACGAGGCAGCUGAAAAAGAAAUGAGGAAGAGGUUUGACCCCAUCAUAGCACACGGAGUGGUGGACGACAUCAUUAAUCUCCCAGUGAGCAGAGCCACUUGAUUUCCUCCUCGUCACUUCGCGUGUUGAAAAGAAUAUUCAGCCAUUUUCUGCAAAGGGAAGACACACACGUCCACUUCAAAAGAGCAAAAAAUACAGUAUGAGUGAAGUUUUAAGGCUGCUGGGUAUUCGCUGUGACUUUUAUUGAAGGAUACCCGCUGAUUAUAAUUUAUUGACUUGUCCUCGACUUUUAUUGCGCUGUCCUCUGAGUCCUCGAGCGCUCUGACAGAACUUCCUCUGUCUUUGAAUCCAGUGUGGAUGACGGAGAGCGCCGAGGCAGAGGCAGACCGGUUUGCUUGUCUUUGUAUUUAUAAAAGUAUUUAAAACCAAACAAGUUGCUCUUUUAUAAGAUUUAACCUGAUAUUAAUAAUAAGGAGCCCUGUUGGACUUUGUGUAUAAAACGUAUUUAUCCUGAAGUCAGCCAGUUUGUCAUUUCAAGGCCGAACAUUGUUGUGAUUGGACUAUCAUGAACGUUAAACUGCUAAAUUAAUCCAGCCGAACGCAGUUCUCUGUCACAUGAUUGAUUUGUGGUUCGAUUCACAGAACAAGUGGAAAAUACACUUAAUGCCUUUAUUUGGCAAAAAAUCUAAAUGUAAAUGGAAGCUGCUGCUGUAAAGGCCCAGUCACACCAGCGUGGGUUUAUUUCAGUGAUGGUUGUGAUCACUGGAUUUAAUUCAAUCUUAAUGACAAGAUUAACUUUGGUGAACUGUGAAUUACACUAAUAACCAAAUCUAAAUUGGAGUAAGCUAGCGUUGGCUAAUUAGCGACGCGUUUCACCUUUAUUUUACCUGUAGUUUAUGAAAGAGCCAUGUUUUUCUAGACGGGGAAUGACGCAGACAUUUGUGGUGAAGGAACACGUCUUUUGAAUAAACUGUGAAGUUGUCGAAUUUGUGAAACUUUGUGAAGAUGAUUAUCUUGAGCGAGCUGAGAAGCUAGCUGCUAACUGUUAGCCCGUUAAUCCCGUUAGCUCGUUAAGCUUUUUUCCCCUCGAUUAUUAAAUUGUGUAAUGUAAGAAAAUGCCAGUUGAGAGUAGAAGGAACAUUGAAGUAAAUAUCGUGACUGACCCGUGCUGUGUUCCGGCUGGUUAGCAUUUUAGCGAUUAGCUUGUUAGCUUCUGUAGUUUCACAGCUAACCCUGUCAGGGGUAGUAGGGCUGUCACUUUCUCCAAAUAUAAAGUUUUACAUUCAGCAAAAUUUGUUCGUUGUAUUCGACAGCCGCCCCUUUGAUGUCUUUGAUUGUACCCUCAGGAUGCCUUUGCCUGCUAGCAUCCUUCUUUUUCUUAGCAAAACUACGUAACAAUACUGGCCAACUUUACUGAUAGGUCAAGAGUUCAGCAGGUCAAGCGCCCUCCGCUGGUUCACGAGGCAAACUACUUCGUAUGAUGCGCUUCUAAACUGUAUAUUUACAAUUCAAACAAGUUUUAAUAGAAACAUUUUCUCCCCACAUUUGAAGUGACAGUCCUCUUCGGGAGUCCCGACACCCCCCCGAGGAUUUUUUAAAUCCAAAUACUUCACACAAGACUUGGAUGAAUUUUAAUGUCCCACUUCCUGGUGUGACCGGGCCUUAAAAUCCACUAAAAUCCACUUUAACUUAAGGCCUUUGUACAGUGAACUCUCGUGAGCGUUGAUCAUUGUGCUGUGACCCGUUGCGUAAUCAGAUCAAUUGGAAGAUUUAAGACUCUGUGUGGGUCAAACGUUUUAAUAUCGACGCUGACAAAGCAAACGUCCCCCAAACGCUGUUUCAAACUCGAGUUUUUUGGAAGUCGGACGUUACUGUUUUCGCGACCGAUUGCCGUUAAGCAAAUCCUCCCUUUUGUCUACGACGGCGCACGUUACCUGCGAAUUCAGCCGCUCGCCUCUUGUGGAAGGAAAAGGGGUCAGACGGGUUCAAGGCCGGGGACAAUGGACACUUCACACUAAGGGCUAUACCGAAUUAUCUUUGUGUCUGUGCUCUGUGCAGCGUCUGCUUCUCAUUUCCAUGUGUCAGUGUCCGGGGGCAUGCUUGUGCAAAACAUUCAUUUUUUUAUAUAUACGUGUAGAGAAAAAAAAUAUAAACAUGCAAAGGAAUUCAAAGCAAAGGAACUUUUGUGGAACAUGUAAAAACACCCGACCAUGAGUCCUCGAUAGCACGGCGGGAGGAGUGUUGGCCAUGAUGAUGUCAUAUUUUGUACAUUUUUUAGUUCCUCUGGCUGUGAGAUGGACCUUCUGACCCUCUCGGGGGUUUCAGGGACUCGUGAGGCCUCGUCCGAGGUUUUCUGUUUCCCCUCGAUAACGACGGAUGUGAUUGCCGCCAGCCACCUUUAGUCUUUAAGUACAAACACGUGUGCUCAUGUGUUAAUGGUUUAUGAUCAUACAUGUAAUGAUCCCCCCCCCCGCUCGAUCAGACUCUCUUUAUCACGAUGGUUAUUUUUGAUUUGCUUAUUUAUUUUUUGUUGAAACACGCAUUUAUUUUUUUAAAUCUCUGAACUUUAAUGUACAAUCCUGGAUUUUCAAUAUUCAAACUUUCUAGUGGAAUUUUAAAAAAAGAAAAGAAAAAAACAUUUGUACACUCAACAACACGAGCUGAUGCAAUCAAAGAGAAAAGACGAAACCGCAUGACGAUGUCAGAAGCCAGUGUUGAUGAUGUCAUAGUGCUGACUGAUGAUGUCACGGCGUGUAUAUGUGUCAAUGUACAUGUGUCUGUUUUCAUUUGUGUGCCCGUGUGCGUAACUCUCUCAGUGUCUUCUUCUUCUUCUUCUUCUUAGGAAUGCUGAACCUCAUUUUUGACAGAACUCGGUUUUUGUCUUCGGCACACGAAGACGAUUUUAACGCCCGAGUCUCAUUACGUGUUCAUAUCAACUUGUAAUGAAAUUUAAAGGCCUGUCGUUGUUUGAUUUGAUUUAUUAUUUAUUUUUCUUUAAAAAAAAUAGGGAACACUGAUCAAUCACAGCUUCUCUGGUCGAGCUACGUUCACCACAGCGGGGACUUUUCAGACGUUUGAACAUGUUUAGCGAGGGAAGGCUUAUAUAUUGUGUCACGUUUUGGUAUUUGAACAGAAGUGAAACGGCCGAGUGUGUCAGUUAUUGCUCGCUCGACGAGCUUGUGUGGCUUGAACGUGUACCUGCAAAAAGCGAUUUGUCUUUUGUAAGCUACUUUCUCAUUUGUGCUCAUUCGAACAGAACUUUAAAAGGCACAAAUGCGACUCGACGAACGGUGUUAACUCAGCUUUUUAAAGUUGCAAUACACGUGAAGAAGGAAGAACGAGGGUUUUUUUGUGGGUCAUGGAGGAGUUUGUAUUGCGACUGGCCUUCGGCUGAAAGGACUCGGAAGGUUCUGUGGUUUUUACACUGAAAACAUCUCAUUAACUUUUAAAAGAGGAAGAGGCAAAAAAAACAACGGGAGGGGAAAUGUAAAUGACACGUGAAAAUUCAGUUUGUAUUUUCUUUCUCAUUUCUCCUCAUACCUUCAAAGGUCUGAUACUCAUGUUGUAAUCUGUUUGGUUAAAUGCUCCCCCUGAUCUGAGUGUGUGUGUGUGUGUGUGUGCGCCUGUGUGCGUGUGUGUGUGUUUGCCACCGAGGGGGAGGCAUGGCCUGUAUUUGUAUUCUCAAAGCUACUCUGCAUACCUCAAAUUGUAUGAUACAUUUAUUUAUUACAUCCCCUUAUAUGUCUAUUUCCAAGAAUAUCCAGACAAAGGUCUCACAGAUGUGCAACCCCUUUGUUAUUGGUGAUGGAUUCUUGCGUUUGUAGAAAUCAUACUGUUUGAUUGAUAAUAACAAUAAAAAAAAAAAAUCCCACUAAA